UGUAGAUAACCUAACAACCAACGAAUUGUUAAAUGAAAUGAAUAUAUAUGAUGACGUUAUGGAUAAAACAUAUAUGGUUUUUGAUGAAAAUUUGUUAGAAGACAAUGGUGAGUCAAGUGAUGGCGUUUUAGAAGAAGCAGAACAAUUAAUCGAAAAUAAUUUAUUAAACAAUUCAGAUCAUCGGGAAGAAAAUACUGAUUUAUAUACGAUUGAUUCAAUUUUUGAUGGCAAUUUUGGAAAUAUAAAUAUAUCAACUUAUCAAAGAAACUCACCUAAUACAGCCAAAUUAUUACAUUCGUUAGUUUAUGUUAUCACGAUGUUUAUGUGGGUUGUACAUAAUAAAUGUUUUAUGUUGACGGACCAUGGGAGUCGAUAUGCAUUAUCUUCAACAGUUGAUCCACAAUUAGUUAAAGACAUGCAACCACUUAUGAGUACUUCUUUAUUGAAUCAAGACCCAGAAAAUAAUUUUUUAGAAAUUCUUUUUGAUGCUAUUAUAUCAGAAGCGAACAAUUUUGAACAGCGUAACGAAGAAGAAAUGAUAGAUGAAGAUGACAAUAAUGUUGAUGAUGAUUUACAUAAUAACAUAAGUAAUAAUUUAAUGGUUUGUACUGAGUCUUUACAACUUAACAUACCAUUUGAAAUAAAUCACGAUAAUAAAUUAAGAAAUUCUUAUAAAUCUAUAAAACCAAACGAGAAACUUAUUAUUGGUAAUAAUAAUAAAUUAAUAUAUUCUAAUAAAUCUACAAAACUAAGAGGAAAACCUUUUGUUGACAUUAAUGAUUUAAAAAAAAUUCUUGAAUCUAUACAACAAAAUGAACAAGUUCAUACUAACAAUACAGACGAUACAAGUGAUAAAUAUGGUUAUGAUAGUAAAGAUAAUACGGAUGAUUAAGACAAUAGUGAUAAUACAUGUGAUAUGUUUUUUUUUUAAUGUUCUGUCUAAUAAAUAACAUAAAAAUUAAAUAAAUAAUAGGGAUAUAUGAGCCUUUUUUUUUUUUUUUUUAAUAGUUAUAUGAAUAUAGAGGUAAAAGUUUAAACAAUUUAAUAUAUGUGAAUAAUACUAACAUUUUAUUAUUAUAAUAAAGAUAUAAUAAUAAUAAUACUAUUUUUUUAUAAAUUUUUAUAAAUAUUAAUAU